AGUUACAGCGCCCUGGUUUUUUUACACCAUGCAGUCCCCAGGCGCCAUCUAGACAGCGGAAGUAGGUUUCAUUACAUCCGCCAUCCUUCCCAAACUAUCAACGGCCUAGCAAGCCCCCAAACACCCCAAUUAACAUCCGAUCAAGUGAAUCUGACUCGGGCCCCGAGCCGCCAUGAAUCGAGGCGCAGGCGGCGAGCGCUUCCCUGCAGUGCAAUUCCCAGGAGGAGCUACUGUUCUAGUGGAGCUAACUCCAGAUAUCCAUAUUUGUGGCCUUUGCAAGCAACAGUACAACAAUUUAGAUGCUUUUGUUGCACACAAACAGAGUGGCUGCCAGCUCAGCAACACAACCCCAGGGACCACGGGUACAGUUCAGUUUGUGGCAGAAGAUACAGUGCCAACUGCCCAGGCCUCUACACGAACUAUCACGUCAGAGACUCAGACCAUCACUGUUUCUGCUCCAGAAUUUGUUUUUGAGCAUGGAUAUCAAACCUUCCUUCCAAGUCAAAGCUCAGAUUCCCAGGUUGCUGGAGGUCUACCCAUGGCUACGAAGUGUCAGUCCAGAAAAGUCUCCACUUCCCUUGUAUCAAGGAGACAGGCAUGUCAAUAUGAAGGUUGCCAGUUCAAGACUAGAUAUGGCAUGAAAGAUAUGGAACGUCAUUUUAGGACGCACACUGGAGACAAACCUCACAAGUGUGAAAUCUGUGAGAAGUGCUUCAGUCGGAAAGACAAGCUGAAGGCUCACAUACGCUUACACACUGGAGAGAAACCAUAUAAGUGUAGUGAAUGUGACUAUACAGCAGCACACAGCAGCAGUAUGUGCAAACACAAACGCAUUCAUACUAAUGAGCGCCCCUUCAAAUGCCAGAUCUGUCCGUAUGCCAGCCGUAAUUCCAGCCAGCUUACAGUGCACCUGCGCUCACACACUGGGGAUGCUCCUUUUGUCUGCUUCUUGUGUAAUGCCAGGUUUAAAAUCAACUCUGACUUAAAAAGACACAUGCGAGUUCACACUGGGGAAAAACCAUACAAAUGUGAAUUUUGUGAUUUCUUCUGUGCUAUGAAAGGGAAUCUAAAAUCACACAUAAGGAUGAAGCAUAACUCUGGAAAUGCAAUCAAAUGUGAUCAAUGUGAUUUUCAAUGUGGGAGCAAAUCUGACUUGCAGCAGCAUGCACGAACCCACUUACCAGAUCUUCCUGUGAAAUGUUUGGAAUGUACCUACUCAUGUGCUAACAGAGCAGCUCUAAAAGUUCAUGAGAGGAUUCACUCAAAGGAUAGACCUUUCAAGUGCAUCUUUUGUAGUUUUGACACUAAACAACGUAGCAAUCUGACAACACACAUGAAGAAAGCUCAUGGGGACAAAGUUAAACCCAAAAAGAAUUUCACUGAAAAGAAAGACAGUGACAUGCUAAGGCAUGGCUCUACAAGGCCAGGAGGCAAACUGGCUGCCAAAAGAUCUUUCAAAUGUGAGCUCUGUGAUGCUUCAUUUGUUAGAGAGGACUCCUUGCGGAGUCACAAAAAGCAGCACGAUGAGUAUGACAUAUCAACGCAACAUGAGGAAGCUGUGCUACAACUUCAGAUGAAUUUAUCAAGACAAAACAAUAAUACAGUUUCAGUCCGACAUAUUCAGGUUCCGAACUCAAUUACACCUUACAGUGAUGGAAGAGUAAAGAUCAUUGUUGGGCAUACUGUACAAGAUCAGCACCCAGAGACAACCUCAAUGAAUACUGAAUCAUCUAACGUCAUAAGUAGUAGCCACAAACGCAUUGACAAUGACCAGCUUCGGGUGUUGGGCCAGGUCAAUUUAGUGGCCACUUCAGAACCAAACAUACCUGAUAACCAGACAGGUUGUAAUACCCAAAAAAGUAUUCAUGUUAAUAUACAUAAAAAAAAAAACGAGGCCCCUAUACAUCAGGCAUUAAUGCCUGGUGCUGAUGCCAACCGGCAAGAGUCAUCUGCUAACAAGACAUUCAUGGCUAACUCUAGUAUAAGCUCUAUGGACUUAGAAGGUCUUAAUGACUUGAUUGAAGAAGGAACCACAGAGGUGACUGUGAUUAGUGAAGCUGGUGACAAUAUCCCAGUUACUACAGCUGAAUCAUCUACUGUCUUCUCUACUUCUUCUCAAGCUAACGUACAGAAGCAUAAUUAUGCAGUCAUUCACACUGAGUCUAAUUCUGCAGUUCUGUGCCCUGCAGAUGCUAUACCUGAUUAGUUUGGAAUGUUGUUUCGAAAUAAAGUAAUUGUUUUGUUUUUUUUAAAGAAAUUGA